AUGAAGGAUCGUGAGGAGGAGAAGAGGAAGAAGAAGAAGAAGAAGAAGAAGAAGAAGAAGAAGAAGAAGAAGAAGAAGAAGAAGAAGAAGAAGAAGAAGAAGAAGAAGAAGAAGAAGAAGAAGAAGAAGAAGAAGAAGAAAAAGAAGAAGCAAAAGGAUGUAGUAGUCUGCCAGCAUUAUAAUUAUCAGCUCAACCCUUCUACAGCAUAUCGUUCUUCCUCCAAGCCCCGUUUCAGCUUUCGCUUUCGGCUUUCAGCUGCCCGCACACAGGCUACGCAAACCUCCCAAUUCACCUGA